AGGAGGAGGAUCCUGAUUCAGUACUUCGUUGCAGUCAUCAGUUACUGUUCUUUCUCUCUAAUGGCUGUCCUCUUGAAUCUGAUUCGACUUUUCAUAGUCUCGGUCUUGUUUAACGUUUCAACCUCAGAUGAACUCCCUGCAAAUUUUGUAUUCGGAGACUCCCUUGUUGACGUGGGAAACAAUAACUACCUUGUUUCCUUCUCAAAGGCUAAUUAUUUACCCAAUGGCAUUGAUUUUGGAAGACCAACGGGAAGGUUCACUAAUGGAAGAACCAUCGUGGACAUCAUUGGUCAGGAACUGGGUAUGGAUUUAAUCCCACCCUAUUUGGCACCCACCACGGUUGGACCAGUGAUUCUGAAGGGUGUGAAUUAUGCUUCUGGUGGAGGUGGAAUUCUAAAUUUCACUGGACAAGCCUUUGGUGGUCGACUCAACUUUGAUGCACAGAUAGAUAAUUUUGCAAAUACCAGACAAGACAUCAUAGCCACCAUUGGUGUUCCUGCGACUCUCGAUCUAUUCAAUAGGUCAUUGUUUUCCGUGACGAUAGGCUCAAACGAUUUCAUAAAUAACUACCUAACUCCAGCACUCUCAUAUUCCGAACGGGAAUCGGAGACUCCACAAUCCUUUGUCGCAAAAAUGAUAUCAAAAUUCAGAGUUCAGCUCACUAGGUUGUUCAAUCUGGGGGCUAGAAAAGUUGUUGUGGCGAAUGUGGGGCCUAUAGGGUGUAUUCCAAGUCAGAGGGAUUCAAACCUCGGUGCUGGAUAUAGCUGUGUUUCUUUCCCCAAUCAGCUAGCACAGCUAUAUAAUUCCCAACUAAAGGACCUUAUUACAGAACUCAAUUCAAAUCUUGAGGGUUCAGCUUUUGCUUAUGCAGAUGUGUAUCAAAUUUUAGAUGAUAUUCUCAAGAACUAUGUAGCACUCGGUUUUGUUAAUCCAAAUUCAGCUUGUUGUCGCGUGGCUGGGCGCUUUGGUGGUCUGGUUCCGUGUGGUCCCACAUCGAAAGUUUGCUGGGACAGAUCAAAGUACGUGUUUUGGGACCCUUAUCAUCCUACUGAUGCUGCAAAUGUUAUGGUCGCUAAGCAUCUCUUAGAAGGAGGUUCCAACUACAUUUGGCCACGCAACAUUCGCGGACUCCUUCAAACUUGAACUUUUUUUUGGUGUAGAUACCUAAUUCGUCAUACUAAAUGCUUCAGCAUAAAUGUUAUAAACUUUCAAAUUAAAGAAAGAUUAGGAGAUAGUGAAAAUCAUGUUGUGUUUUCAUGAUUUCAAAGCUUAUGACAAUCGACAAUUUCCUUAAUUAAGGUGUCUUUUGUUCCUUGGGAAUCACGAUA